AUGGCAGAGUACGGCACCCGCCUCAUCGGCGCACCCAACACCCUCGAGCACCGCGUGUUCAUCGAGCAGAACGGCCAGGUCGUCUCGCCCUUCCACGACAUCCCCCUCUUCGCCGACCAGAACAAUGGCAUCCUCAACAUGGUCGUAGAGGUCCCCCGCUGGACCAACGCCAAGAUGGAGGUCUGCAAGGAGGAGCCCUUCAACCCCAUCAAGCAGGACGUCAAGAAAGGCCGCCUGCGGUUCGUCCGCAACUGCUUCCCCCACCACGGUUACAUCUGGAACUACGGCGCGUUCCCCCAAACAUGGGAGGACCCUAACCAGAUGCACCCCGAGACGAAGGCGAAGGGCGACAACGACCCUCUCGAUGUGUGCGAGAUCGGCGAGCAGGUCGGCUACGUCGGCCAGGUGAAGCAGGUCAAGGUGCUCGGCAUCAUGGCUCUCCUCGACGAGGGCGAGACGGACUGGAAGGUGAUCGUCAUCGAUGUCCGCGACCCGCUCGCGAGCCGGAUGAACGACAUCGAGGACGUCGAGCGUCAGCUGCCCGGCCUCAUCCGCGCGACCAACGAGUGGUUCCGCAUCUACAAGAUCCCCGACGGGAAGCCGGAGAACAACUUCGCGUUCUCGGGCGAGGCCAAGAACAAGAAGUACGCGACCGAGAUCAUCCACGAGUGCCACGAAGCCUGGCGCCGCCUUGCGUCGGGCGAGACCCCGGCCUCGACGGCCUCGUACGACCUCUCGAUCCGCAACAUCACUGUCCCCAACUCUCCUGGAUACACGAGCAAGUCGGACCCUGCGUACACCGGCCUCCCCACCGAUUCGCGCAAGCCCCCCGCAGCCAUUGACCCGUCCAUCUCGAAGUGGUUCUACAUUGCCUCCGCCCAGGUAUAG